AUGCCCCAAAAGGCAGAAGGGGAUGCUAAAGAAGAUAAAGCCAAGGUGAAGGAUGAGCCUCAGAGAAGAUCUGCAAGGUUGUCUGCUAAACCUGCUCCUCCAACGCCAGGGCCCAAGCCUAAGAAGGGAGAGAAGGUGCCCAUGGGGAAGAAGGGGAAAACUGAUGCCGGUAAGGAUGCGAAUAAUCCCGUGAAAAGCGGAGACGCCAAAACAGACCAGGCACAGAAAGCCGAAGGAGCUGGAGAUGCCAAGUGA